CACCCCUCUCCUUCCCCCCGCCGCUCUCCCGGGUCAUAUGCCGGGGGCGGGGCGGGUGUGAGCGCUGCUCCUCGGGGCUCUGCUCUCCGCCGUCUUGCUGAGCGUCGCGGGGUUCGGCUGCACCGGCUCCCUCUGUCCGCCCGCCCGCCUGCCCGUCCGUCCCCGCCGCUGCGCCAUGUUCACCGCCGCGGUGGCCCGCGGGCUGGCGCUGGCCGCGCUGCUGGUGCUGAGCCCGGCAGGGGAAGCCCGGCAGGCGCGGAGGCCCAACGUGGUGCUCAUCCUCACCGAUGAUCAGGACGUCUGCCUGGGCGGCAUGACCCCCCUGAAGAAGACGAAUGCUCUGAUUGCGCAGACGGGAAUAACCUUCCUGAACGCGUACGUUCCCAGUGCACUUUGCUGUCCCAGUCGAGCCAGCAUUUUAACAGGAAAAUACCCACAUAAUCAUCAUGUUGUCAAUAACACUCUGGAAGGAAAUUGUAGCAGCAAGUUAUGGCAGAAGAUUCAAGAACCCUACACCUUCCCAGCUCUUCUCAAAUCUAUGUGUGGUUAUCAAACAUUUUUUGCUGGAAAGUAUUUGAAUGAGUAUGGAGCAGAGGAUGCAGGGGGCGUAGGUCAUGUCCCACCUGGAUGGAGUUUUUGGUACGCUUUGGAGAAAAAUUCAAAGUACUACAACUACACUCUCUCAGUAAAUGGCAAAGCACGAAGACAUGGGGAGAAUUACAGCGUAGAUUACCUGACAGAUGUACUGGCCAACAUGUCAUUGGACUUCUUGGAGUAUAAAUCAAAUUUCGAACCUUUCUUUAUGAUGAUCUCAACCCCAGCACCACACUCCCCUUGGACAGCUGCCCCACAGUACACAAAGAGCUUUCAGAAUGUCAGUGCACCAAGAAACAGCAAUUUUAAUAUUCAUGGAAAGAACAAGCACUGGUUAAUCAGACAAGCAAAGACUCCAAUGACUAACUCUUCAAUACAAUUUCUUGAUGAUGCUUAUAGAAAGAGGUGGCAAACUCUGCUGUCAGUAGAUGACCUGGUAGAGAAAGUAGUGAAGAAACUGGAAGCGAAUGGAGAAUUAGACAACACAUACAUCUUCUACACAUCAGACAAUGGAUUCCACACUGGACAAUUUUCUUUGCCAAUAGAUAAACGGCAGCUGUAUGAGUUUGAUAUCAAAGUUCCUUUGCUAGUUCGAGGACCAGGAAUAAAACCAAAUCAGACAAACAAGAUGCUUGUUGCAAAUAUUGAUUUGGGUCCCACUAUUCUGGAUAUUGCGGGCUAUGAUCUGAAUAAGACCCAGAUGGAUGGGAUGUCACUAUUGCCACUGUUGAGAGGAGACAAAAAUGUGACGUGGAGAUCAGACUUCUUGGUGGAGUACCAGGGAGAAGGAUACAAUGGCAGUGAUCCCACCUGUCCUGGCCUGGGGCCUGGAGUCACGCACUGCUUCCCAGACUGUGUCUGUGAAGAUUCCUAUAACAACACAUAUGCUUGUGUAAGGACACUGUCAGCUUCCUGGGACCUGCAGUACUGUGAAUUUGAUGACCGGGAGGUGUUUGUGGAAGUGUAUAACUUGACGGCAGAUCCACAUCAGAUCAAUAACAUUGCUAAAACAAUUGAUCAGGAAAUUCUGGAAAAGAUGAACUAUCGAUUAAUGAUGCUGCAGUCCUGUUCAGGAGCAACUUGCCGUACACCAGGUGUCUUUGAUCCCGGGUACAGGUUUGACCCCCGGCUCAUGUUCAGCAACCACGGUGUUCGGGCUCGGAGGUUUUCUGCACGGUCCUUGUAAGGCACUUCAGAGCCUCCUGCAAUCAGCUCCCACUGACCAGUUUCUCCAGUGACUGCAGCAGGUCUGUCUCUGUAACUCUCACUGAUCACAGCUGGAAGACUUUUAAUGGGCUAUUCAAACCCUGUUUGGAAGAAAAACCCUUGUCUUUAGCUGGUUGCCUUGUGCAAUAUGUAUAUUUUACAGCUGAACUGUAAUUCUGGAUCGGUAGACACAGCUAAUCUGUCUUGCUCAGAUAGUUGAUUACCACCUUUGUCUUUCAAGUACCUUUUCUUAUCACAGACACAGAGGGGAACCUAUGCCUAUGAAUCUGAACAGUUUAUUUUGUUCUAAAAAUCAAUAAAUGCGUAUUUGGGUUGGAACAGAUAGGCAGGUGCUACUGCACAGUAAUGCUCAUCCAUAUUCAGCAUCAUAGACUUCCUUAAAGAGUAUAAUAAUAAUGUUUUAAGAAUUGGUUUCCUAUAUCAAGCUCAAAACUGUUCAUGAAAAUAGCAAAUUAGCCCAAAAUAGCCCAGCAAGGCAUUAGUCAAAACUGUAGGAUCUGACUAGCAAGUCUCCUGUGCAGAAUCAAAAUCCCUGUGUUAAAUCUUCUCUUUCAAAGAGACCACUUCAAAUGAGACCAAUGAGUUUUGUAGAACAGCUUUGGUAGCUUGCAAACAAGAAUGUAAUUUUAACCUCCUUCUAGUUUGAAAUGCUGGAAUGGGUUGCUAUGUACUACUGAAAAAAAACUUAGGGUUUCAUAGAGGCUUCCUAGUGAGCUAAAUAAGAGUGUUGAGACUAACUAGUAUGCAAAAAAGCGUGCCUGUGUUUUGAGCUAACUUUUUUAAUCUGUUUUAAUAAACGAACAGAGAAGCAAUACUUUAAAAAAUUCACAAAAAAACCCCCAAAGAACCCGAGGGCACCACAGUAGAGUUGAUCUGCCCCUAACCUCCAAAUGUCUUGAAUUGUCUAACAUCUUAUGUUGAUCACAUUCUCGAAGGUAAAAUCAUUUUGAGAGGGAACUAGAUAAAAAAAUAAGUAAAUCAUUGCUCACUAGAAGUUAGGUUAAGAGGACUAUUUUAGGCAGUUUAAGUGCUUCAUAGAGUGCUGCUUUUUGGUUAAACCCUAACUACUCAGAACCUGCAGUAAGUGGCCUUCACACCAAAGGACUGAAUGUCAGAUGUCUGGCUGCACCACAUUAUCACUUGGUUUCCCUUUGGAAGGGUGAUGUUGUCUUUUCAAACUUCUGAUUAGGCUUAUCUGAAACGCAGCUAUUGCUUGCACCCAAACUUGAGUAUCUAUCUUUCUAAAUCUUGAAAAAUACCCAAGCUUAUGUUAGCAACUUAACUUCUGUAUAGAUUCAUUGGCAAAACACUUUCUAGAAACAUGGAAUGAUGGAUCUUUCGCAAGACAAGUUCAUGUUGCUUAUGGGAAAAUAAACUGUUAACAGGCAAGAUAACUGGUCCCUUGGCAAACAAAUUCUGGCACAACUGUUUAGUUUUCAGUUAGUGAUUUCAGAUCUCUUACCCAGUGAGCAUGAUGAUUUAAACUUCUGUCACACAGAACCUUCUACUAAGUAAUCAUUAAGUAGGCAACAAAAUACGACUCUUCCAAAACUGUGAAGGUGCAGACCCCAGUGCACAGCCCCACAAACUGGCUACAAGCAAUGCUACGGUAAGAUAAGUGGAACUGCUUGGCUUUUAAUUCUGAAGCACAGAAGUUGUCCUUCGUAUAGCUCAGAGCUGCAAAUUUAUGUGGUGGUCUACAGGUUAGAUUUUAGAGAUUUUUGUAUUGAAUCUAAUCUAACUCACUGUUUCGAAUCUCUAGAGUGACCAAAUAUUUGCAGGAAAAAAAAAAUAAUUUGAAAUGCAAGUUUUCAGCUGCAGCAUCUGUAUAAAUGCCGAGGUUUUUGGAUAUUCAAACUAUGUACAUGUUUUCAAAUGCUCAGGACAUUUUUUUCCUCCACUACAACUGUAGCUUUGUCCUGGUUUUUGUUUCUCAAGCCUUACUAUUGCCUAUCAAUAUAAGCCAGAUUCUGUUUUGUCUUUAAAAACAAAACCAAAGUUUUGAUGCUCAUUUUCAUGCUCUCAAGUGUUUUCUUGCACACUGGCAUAAACCUGAAGUUCCUUUAUGUAGAGUUUUGCUCAGAUAAUUCUAGCAACUUAGACUUGAUCUUUGUUUAAACUUUAUUUUGGUAGCUGUGUGGAGGCUAGCAUGAAAUACAUUGAUUGCUGCACAUGAAACUCUCAGCAGUUCUAUCAAGUCUAGGCCAUAUGUUGAGUUUCUACUUGAGCUGUGUGUUAUGUGGCUGCUUAACAGAAAAAACCCAAACAAUUAUGGGUACAGAUGGUACACUGUCUUUUCUUAAAGUGAUCUUAAGCCAUAACAAGGAAAUUUUCUUUUGAAUUACUGACUUUCUGCCUCAUAACUAAUAUGAAAGUUGACAAAACUUACACAGAUGUUUUACUCAAAUUAACACUUGUGCUACCUGUACACACCUGUAAAGCAUUUUGUGACUAGGUCUAGUAGUGUCAGAGAGCUACCCUGUAGCUGACAUCUAUCAUGGGUAGUAAGUGCUGUAUCAAAUUGGAAUUCAGAAUGAAACUACCCAGUCCUUACAUAAACAGAAUUGUGGUUCACUAAAAUUCCUACUUCACUCCCACUUCAGAUAAAAACUUAGGAACCGUUCAGCAAAAGUGUGUUGUUGAAAGAACAGGAACUAACAGCUGCCUAUCUUCCACUGUUUUUAGAGGAGUUUGGUGUCACUUGCCUGGUGUCUUAUUUCCAUGAAGCAGUAAAUUCUGAGUAUUUUUACAACCUUGAAUGAACAGUAUUAAUUCUUACCACUGAUAAAUAAAAAAACCACCGUGAAGGAAUUUUGACUCUUAUGCAGAUCUAAUUCCCAACUAAGUGAUUUAAAAACUAAAUAGUCUUCUUGGAUAUUCCCUCUCAUAUGCUAUUUGACUAUGGUUGUAUUCUGUACCUUGUUCCUGUAUGCAUUUCUGCUAAAUUAAAGAGCCUUACUUGGCAUAGAGAUUUAAAUGAAAGGGCCUUACCAGAACAGAGUUUAGGUAAAAUGUGAUUUUUAUUUUUAAAAAUCAUUUAUCAAAAGCAGAGCUGUGAAUUUUAAUUCUCAUCUGGUAAAAUAGAUACUGUAGAGGGAGAAAUGCAAUUAAUAAUGUCAUUACAUUAUCCUAAACUAAAAAAAACAUAAACAAAACAUUUCAGCAUCAAGUGUAAGCCAAUACAGCUAUUACAUUCUUACCCAGCACUGGGCUGCUUCAUUUUGAGGAAGCAAGCUCUAACAGGGACACAUGCAUGCACACACACACCAAGGGCAGGUACAGUACCUUUCCAAUUAAGUUAAAGACUGAUUCUAUGAGCUAAAUACAGUAUUUUAUCAUAAUGAAACAGCUGUCAUUUACUGUGAUUCAAUUAAAAUGAAUUUUAUUUGUAUUACUCUCUGUAUGUGAGCAUACUUUGCUGUAGCAUGUUGUGAGCAUACUUCUGCUGUUUUGAACGUCUCCUUAGAAAGUGCCCUUCCAGAGGACCCUGUUCACUGCUGCACUUUUGUGGAAAGAAAAAAAAAAUAAACUGCCUAUCAAACUUC